GAGGAUCGGUGGGAAUCGGGACGGUGAGAGAGCAAUGGGCGUUUGUAGUGCUCGGAACGUGCAAUGAGCACGCGUAGUGAUCGGGACGUGCCGACGAGCGUAGAGAGAGAGAGAGAGAGAGCGCGCGAGGAACUGAGCGCGUGGUGCGGCGCGGCUUGGCGCGUGCGCAGGCGAUGGAGGCCGAGUGCCCGCGCGAGGCCAACUGCAGCUGCUCGCUGAGCGUGGUGCCCGACCUGCACGCUCAGGGCCCGGGCGGCGCGCGCGUGUUCCGGCCCAUGGUGACGGUGGACUGCGCCGGGCGCGGCCUGCGCCAGCUGCCGCCCGAGCUGCCUGCCAACGCCACCACGCUGCACGUCGAGCACAACCAGAUCUCGGACCUGCGGCCGCUGGUGACGAACGAGCACUACCGCGGCGUGCUGGACGUGUACCUGGACGGCAACGGCGUGCGGUCGGUGGCGGCGCUGGAGGGGUCGGCGUGGCUGCUGCGCUUCCGCCUGCUCAGCCUGCGCGGCAACCGCCUGGCGCGCCUGCCCACCUACGCCCUGGAGAGCGCGCUGCAGCGCAACCGCCACGCCGCGCGCCUCUACCUCGGCGACAACCCCUGGACGUGCGACUGCCAGAGCACGCCCAGCUUCCAG